AGAAACAGAGUAGAUGGAGAAACAGAGCAAAACCCAGAUCACUUCAUGGACAAGAGGCAAGUGUAUAGGCAAAGGCUCCUUUGGCAACGUAAGCUUAGCAAUCAACGAAGCCAACGGUGCCGUUUUUGCAGUCAAGUCCGUUGAUUUAAAAGCCUUUCUUCCCAACCAGGUGGAGUCUUUAGAGAACGAAAUCAGGGUCCUCCGUUCACUUUCCUCCCCUUACGUGGUUGAGUAUCUCGGCGAUGACGUCACUCUGGGGAAUUCUUAUCGGAACCUUCACUUGGAGUACUUGCCAGGCGGCACCGUUUCUGACGUGGCGAAUGUUAAACGACGGUUGGCUGACGUGGACGGAAUGAUGCUGCGGUGUCACACGCGUUGCUUGGUUUCGGCUUUGAAGCACGUGCACGACCAAGGAAUUGUACACUGUGACGUGAAAGGGAGAAAUGUUUUGCUGGGCAUGGAUUCCACUGCCGUAAAGCUCGCGGAUUUCGGCUCGGCGAUUGAGAUUAAAAAGAAAAGCGAAGAAGAUAUUUCUAGGCACCUGAUCACGCCACGUGGAAGCCCUCUAUGGAUGGCGCCGGAGGUGAUUCGCGGCGAGUAUCAAGGACCGGAGAGUGAUGUUUGGUCAUUGGGAUGCACCGUCAUCGAGAUGAUCACCGGGCAGCCAGCUUGGGAGGAUCACGGUUUGGACUCGCUACGUCGAAUUGCAAACUCGGAGGAAUUGCCCGAGUUGCCCACUCAGUUAUCCAAACUCGGCAAGGAUUUCGUGGACAAGUGUUUGAGAAGGGACCCGAAUCAAAGGUGGAGCUGCGAUCAGCUGCUGCAGCAUCCAUUCGUAGCAUCCGCUUCGCCGCCGAAAAUGAUGGGCGAAUCAUCUCCGCGCUGCGUGCUCGAUUUCGCCAGCUCGGAUUUCAAAGAGAAGACGGAGAAUUUCGAAUCGUCGGCGAGAGAAAGGAUCGGUAAAUUAGCAGCAGAGGGAGGAGGGGUAAACUGGGAAUCGGAAGUUUGGGCGACGGUAAGGAGUUACGCUAUUGAACCAUGUGUGAAUUGCGAGGAAGGGACAAGUACGGAAUAUCCGGAGUUGACGAGGACACGUUUGGAAAUUUCCAAUUCUUUCGAUGACAGUGGCAACUCGGUUUACCGGCAAUGCGAUAAGACGAAGAAUGAGAUAAGGGUAAAAUCGUCAUUGAGAGACCUACGGUGCGGUGGGUGGAGGGGUGAGAUGUUGGCUGAUUCCAGCUGUGGGUAUGGGUCAAAAAGGUUGGGUUUGCGGUGGAGAAGUGGGGGUUGAGAGUCACCUAUUCUGUAAUUAUUACAUUUAAUUCUAUUGGUGAUUUUUGUU